AAUCAGUUUAAACCAUGGAGACACUAGUAGUUGGAUGUCUAAUUUCUGCUGUUGUCGUAUUUAUCCUGGACAGGUUUUAUUUUAAGAAUCAAUCAUAUCUGAAAUGGGUGGCGUUGGGAUUUGUAGCAGCAGCAGCAUUAAUACAACUUGUUCAUACCAUUCAAACACUUGUUAUUGUGUGUCUUGUUGCUGCUGUUCUUGUUGUUAUUCUGAAAUUGUACGUCUUCACAGAAAACCAAGAUAUCAUAUGGAUUGCCGUUGGAUGUAUAGUGGUAGCAGCAUUGUUAAUAGCAGUUUUAAACAUGGGAGCAAUGGCAGUUGCAUGGCUUGUGGGUGCUGGUGGUGUUAUUGGUCUGCAGUCUUAUUUCUUAAACGGUUUACCACCAUAUCUCAGAUGGUCAAUCAUUGGAUGUGUAGCAGCAGCAGCAUUAUUUCAAGCAAUUGUAUCAAUGGGACCACUUGGAGCUGUGUGUUUGCUUGGAGCUAUAAUUGGUGCCAUCACGAUAUUGAUACGCCUCAAUUUAAUACCAAUUCCAACAGUUCUCUCAUGGGUGGCCGAUGCAUUUGAAUGGGUGGCUAAUAUAUUGAAGGCAAUUCCCUCACGGGUGGCCGAUGCAUUUAAGGAAAUUUCUUCAUGGGUGGCCAAAGCAUAUAAAUGGUUAACCAAUUCAAGUAAAUCAGAGGUCAAUGGAAGUAAACCAGCAGCAGAAUCGUCCGAAGCAAUAAAAACCAAUGGAGGUCUUUUGUUAUUGUGUCUAAUUGCUGCUGUUGUUGUUGUUAUCACGAUAUGGUUCGUAUUGAAAGAUAUACCAGUUUUGAAAUGGGUGACAUCAGGAUGUAUUGCAAUAGCAGUGGCUUUCGUCAUAAUACGGGUGUCUCGCCAUGGAGGACAAAAUUAAAAUGCACAGACGGAAAAUCUUCAUCUUGCUUUUGCUUUGUUAUUAUUGUUACUUUCGUUGACCGUGUUGGCUCCGUAUUGUAUGAAAUAAUACGUCAUUCAAUUAAUUUUAUUUUAAGAAGUUUAAUAAAAUUAGUAUUACAUCCAAUAGUCAAACCACUUUUCGUUGAUUGAAGUAAAAAUGUUAUUUUCA